AUGUUGGCCAUCACAGGGUUCGCUGGCCUCACGGUGGGUGGCGUAAUGGGCACGGGAGGGCAUGGAUCCACGCUCGUGCAUCCCACCAGCUUGUCCGAUCAGGCCACGGCGAUGACCCUCGUGGACGGCAGGGGGGACGUGGUGGUGGCGACGGGCGACCUGCUGAAAAGCGCGCGGAUCCACCUAGGCGUGAUGGGCGUGGUGGUGAAUGUCACACUGCCGGUGCGGGACAAGAUCAAGCUGAGGCUGGAGACGCAGGUGCUGGGCGAGGAGGCGCUCCUGAACGACCAGGGCCUCCUUGAGAGGUUGCGCUCGGCGGACUACGCUUUCAUCCUGUGGUUGCACGGGCAGAAAAAGGUGCUCGCGGCCGAGGGAGAGGCUUUGCCCUUCGAAACCGAGGGCGACGACGUGGCCAUCUCACCCGUGACUGCGGAGGGCCUCGACGCUCAGCUGCUGGCGCACUCCCAGCGCAAUGCAGCUUUCUUCUGCAAUCCGGCCGCGGGACCGUUGCAGAAUUCCACCAUCACUGGAACGUUCGGAAACAUCACCACUGCUGGUUGCGACACGCCGGAGGCGUGCAUCUUCGGCACCCCCUGGCAGGACUUGGCCAUCGCCGUGGACUUGGCGGACCUUCCGGCGGCGUUGAGAAGGGCGCGCCAGGUGAUGGACGCCAUGAGCGCCUGUAUGCCCGAAUGGCUGAUCAGGUUGCACGGCUCCAGCGACAACCACAUGUCCAUGGCCUGGGGUGCCGACAAGGCUAUCAUCGACUUGGUUUUCGCGAUCCCUGUCGCCGCGGACGAGCCGGCGGUCUUCCUGGGGGCCACUCAGGCUGUGUUUCAAGUCUUGAUGCACGAGUUUGGCGGCGUGCCGCACUGGGGAAAGAACGGGCCGGCGUUUUGGAGCAAGGACUUCGGCCCAGCUGCAGAGCGCUUUCCGCGGCUGGCCGAGUUUCUCACCGACAUGACGAGCAUGGACCCAAGCGGAGUAUUCCAGAACGCUUUCUUCAGGAGGGUGAUAGGCGAAGCUGAGGUAGAGAAGUUCCCGGGAUGUGCCCUGACGGCCAAGUGUAUCUGUGACGAGGAUGCGCACUGCGGGAGGGAUCAGGUGUGUGUGACGCCGACGCUGCCCGACGGGAAAGAGAUCGGACUUGCGGAUGUGGCAGACAGCAGGUCAAGAAUUCGGGUGUGCGAAUUUUCUUGA